GCCAUUGCCGCUUCGUUGCUACCGGUGUUAUCCCUUUUUCCUUGAUUUUUUUUGGCUAUUAUAUCUGUUUGGGUUGAAUAAAUUGAAUUAGUUGAGUUUUGGUUAUCCUUUUUUCGAACUUUCAGCUCUUUGUAGUGAAAUUUCAAAUCCCUCUCAAAGAUGGCAUUGCGAGGAGUUUGGCAACUUAAAAAACUGAUAGUAAGCUAUUGUGAUUGGGGAGGGAGUAGCAGGGGCAUCAGGGCAUUUAUGGAGUCGGAGUUACCGACUUUUAAAGAGAAAAACCCUCAGCUCGAGGUGGUUACUGAGCUCAUUCGUGGGCAGCAUCCACAUUUGAAGGGCUUUUACAAGAACAAAAACGAGCGGGUGGUAUGCGUGAAGAAUAUGACUCCUGAAGAUAUCCUUCUUUAUGCAACCAGACUAAGAAACGCAUUGGGAAGAAAGGUGGUGAAAUUGAAGACAAGGCAUGUAACCAAACACCCCAGUGUGCAAGGUACAUGGACAACUGAUGUGAAAUUUUGAGAUACAAUAGUACAGGUUGUUCAAAAUUUUGUCAGUAUGUUUCUUUGUUGUUCUAUUUAGCCAUGAAGGCAACUUUGCCGAAACAUUCUCCUCGUUGGAGGUAAAUGAAACUGUUGUGUAAUGGACAAAGCCUAAUGAUGUCGUAAUAGAUGAUUGGACCCAAAUAUUUAAUAA